AUGUCAGAGAGGAAGAGCAUCAACAAGUGGUAUCCACCUGAUUAUGAUCCAUCUAAAGUUCCCCGGCGGAAGCUUCCGAAAGGAGUAGCACCUCCGACCCAGAAGGUGCGGCUCAUGGCUCCUUACUCCAUGAGAUGCACAAACUGUAAUGAAUACAUUGCGGCCAGAAGGAAGUUCAAUGCCAGGAAAGAAGUCACCGGUGAGAAGUAUAUGAACUUCAAGAUUAUCCGGUUCUACAUUACGUGUCCUCGGUGCAAUGGGUCCAUUACCUUUAAGACCAGUCCUCAAACUGCUGGAUAUUUACCUGAGAAUGGGGCAGUUCGUAACUUUGAAAAAAGUGAACCCAGUGCAACUAAAUCCAAAGGAGAAGUUGAAACAGAGGAGGAUAUUCUUGAGAGAUUAGAGGCUGAGCUGAAACGAGAAGAGCAGUAUAGACUUGCCGAGUCCAAACGGAAGUUUGAUCCCUUCUGGAAGCCCCUGGAGCUGGUGGGUAGUCAAGGUGGUGACGUUAUGGAGAACUUACAACGUAAAUUGGACCAAGAACAACGACAACAAGCCAUGUAUGAUGAAUUGGAGGAAAUCCAGAAUAAGAAAAGUAAGUUGAAUCAGAUAGAACUUACCAUUGACCAUAAUGGAAGCGAAAGUCAAGCUACGGAUAAAGAAGAUGAUGAAGAUAAUAGCGAUCUUGAUGAGCAAUUGGCUUUAGAAGCAUUCAGAAAUUCGAAAAGAGAUCAAGAUCAAGAUCAAAAAGAAUCUGAAGAAGAUCAAGAUGAGCAUGAGGUCGAAGAGAAAUCUACUCCAAAUUCAUUUGAAACUACUAACGAAUCAAUUGUUUAUGACGAACCACCUCAACCUCGUAUUUUAUCAAACAGCGUUGUUCCAACUAGACCAAUUGGUGGUACCAAGACUUUCAAGAUCACUAAGAAGGGGCAUAUGGGGGUUCAGAAAGUGGCAGCCCUCACACAAAACCCACAAUCAUUAGUCAAUGGCUACUCGCUGUCAUCCGAAGAUUACAGUGGUGAUGACCUGUGA